AUGCUUACGUUAGGCGGAACGAAGAGUAAAUCUGUUACUGUAAUUUUGAUUUCAAAAUUCCAAGUCUACUUGAUGUCCCCCCUCCCACCCCCUUCCCCGGGUGGAGACAUGGUCCGCGCCCUCCUGGCAGUGGUGACCGUGUGGGCGGCGCUGGUACACGCCCACACCAACCACCACGCCCACGGUCACUCCCGCGCGCGCACCCGCACUUUCACCCUGGGAUAUCUGACGGGAUCCGAGAGGCUGCCGGACGAUCAUGAAUACAACAGGCCCGGACUCAGCAUCUCAGGCGCCAUCACUCUCGCCGUCGAGGAGGUCAACAGCUUCCACCCACUGGUCGGAGGUCACAAACUCAACUUCACAGUGGCAGAAACCUACGGCCAGGAGGACAUCAGCAUCCUGCAGACGGCGAGGCUGUGGAUCUCCAACAUAUCUGCGUACAUCGGGCCUCAGGAAACGUGUGUUCAUGAGGCGCGCAUGGCAGCUGCUUUCAAUAUUCCCAUGAUUUCUUAUUUCUGCACGCAUCCCGAAACGUCGGAUAAGGUCAACUUCCCGACCUUCGCAAGGACCCGACCGCCCGACACGCAGAUUAGCAAGUCGGUCACGGCUAUUCUCAAGCGUUUCAACUGGAGGAAGGUCACCUUCUUCUACAACAACUCUCCGGAUGAGAACUUCAGUCGUGUUGCAAGGACGAUCGUGAGGACUCUGCCACGCCACAACAUCACGGUGCUGGCGACGAGGUCCUGGGGCGCCACCUACCACCACCUGUACGACAAGAACCCCUUCGUGUCCAUGCUGCAGGAGACUUAUAAGGAUACCAGGAUUUACGUGGUGCUGGGACAUUACUAUGAGUUCCUGGGCCUUAUGACAGUUAUGGAAGAAAAGGGGCUCUUUCAAAAGGGUGAAUACUUCGUGGUGGGCGUCGCGCUGAGCCAAUACGACAGGAACAAACCGCACAAAUACCUUCGCGAUCUCCUGAAUGAACACACGAAUUCCACGGUGCAAGAUGCCUUCCAAAAUUUUCUAGGUGUUAUGCCGUCACCUUCCCCUUCGUUCGAACACUUCGCCGCCAACGUCAACGCCUACUUGACGAAGCCACCGUUCAACCAUCCGAACGCAGUGCACCAGAUGGGCGGGAUGAAAAACAUUCGCGCUGAGGCUGCCUACCUGUACGACGCCGUGCACGUCUACGCGCGCGCGCUCAACGACACGCUGAGGAAGCACGGCGACCCGCACGACGGGCAGGGCCUCAUCAACUCCAUCCUCGGCACCACCUACAGGAGCGCCAUGGGGUACCUGGUGAGGCUGGACGAGCGGGGCGACGCGGAGGGAAACUACACGCUGAUUGGCCGACAGGAACACCACGCCGUCCCAGGGGAGUAUGGACUGUACCCUGUGGGAGGCUUUCGAUACGUGGACGAGGACGAUUACCACGGGCUUCCGGUACUGCAUCUGACAGCAUCCAUAGCGUGGAAGACUGGACGGCCUCCCAUCGAUGAACCUCCCUGCGGCUACAGAGAUCAGAAAUGCCAGUUCCAGACGGGAGAAAUAGUGGCUGGUGUGACGGGCGGAGUGGUUCUUCUGCUUCUGGUGGUCUCCCUUAUUGCAUACAGGAACUGGCGUUACGAGCAAGAACUGGACAGUCUCUUGUGGAAGAUUGAGUACAAGGAAAUCAAGAUGAAUGAAUGGAGUUCUAACCACGCCAUUGUGCCCAACAAAAUGUCUCGGGGUCUGUACUCGACGGUUCGAACAAGCCAGCUCUCCUUAAGCAGUAACCCCGACCUGGACUUCCGGUACACGAGCGUCUACACCCAGCUGGGGAUGUACCGGGGCCGAGUCGUCGCCGUUAAGCAGGUUUCGAGUAAGGCGGUGGACGUCACGAGGAAACUGAAGAAGGAGCUGAAGACGAUGCGAGACCUGCGCCACGAUAACCUCCUGGGCUUCAUCGGCGCCUGCGUGGACCCGCCGCACGUCUGCAUCGUGACCGAGUACUGCUCGCGCGGAUCGCUCAAGGAUCUUCUGGAGAAUGAGGACGUUAAGUUGGACAACAUGUUCAUCGCUUCAUUGGUGGGGGACAUUGUGCAGGGUAUGGUGUACCUGCACGACUCUCCUGUGAAGUCCCACGGCAACCUGAAGACGUCCAACUGCCUCGUGGACUCUCGCUGGGUGGUGAAGAUAACGGACUUCGGAAUUCACGAGCUCAAGGCGGGGACGGAGACAGCUGCUGCCUUGGCCGACGCCAGCGAGACACAGCGCAAAUGUACAGACCUGCUAUAUCGCGCCCCCGAGCUCCUGAGGGACACGGCGGCACCACCAGGAGGCACGCAGAAGGGGGACGUGUAUUCCUUCGCCAUCGUCCUGUACGAGGUCCACGGUCGCCACGGGCCCUGGGGCAACACGGACCAGUCGCCGGUCGUGCUCCUUCGCCAGGUCAUGUCGGGGCCUCUGCCUGGCAACCCGCCCUUCAGGCCGCCCCUGAGCGCCCUCGAGGAGUGCCUGGACUGCGUGAGGACCGUCCUGAACGAGUGCUGGGCCGAAAUCCCCGAGGACAGGCCGGACUUCAGAUCCAUAAGGACGAAACUGCGGCCGCUGAGGAAGGGCAUUGACACCAUUUCUGAACAUUUACAUCCUUUGGCUUCCACAGUGGACAUUUCAGAACAUUAUCCCCAGGCGCUGCUCUACGAGAUGCUUCCGAGGUACGUCGCGGAGCAGCUGAAGCGAGGCCAUAAGGUCGAGGCGGAGAACUUCGAUUCAGUCACCAUCUACUUCAGUGACAUCGUCGGCUUCACUGAGAUGUCGGCGGAGUCCACGCCGCUUCAGGUCGUGGACUUCCUGAACGAUCUCUACACCUGUUUCGACUCGAUCAUUGGCAAUUACGACGUGUACAAAGUGGAAACCAUCGGCGACGCGUACAUGGUGGUAAGCGGCCUGCCCAUCCGGAACGAGGACCUGCAUGCUGGCGAAGUGGCCUCCAUGUCGCUCCACCUGCUCGACGCCAUCAAGCGCUUUCAAAUCAAGCACAGGCCGUCGGACACACUCAAGCUCAGGAUCGGACUGCACUCAGGCCCUGUAUGUGCUGGCGUUGUGGGACUUAAGAUGCCCCGCUAUUGCCUCUUCGGCGACACUGUCAACACAGCCUCACGCAUGGAGUCUUCCGGCCAAGCGCUGAGGAUCCACUGCUCUUGCUCCUGUCGUGAUCUGCUGGUCAAGCUGGGCGGCUACAACCUAGAAGAACGAGGUCAGGUCAAAGUCAAAGGCAAGGGAGAGAUGACCACGUACUGGCUCGUCGGCGAGGACCCCGACCGCAAGCGGCGCCGCGAGCAAUCCCGGCGGCAGCGCGGCUUCCACAACGUCGGGCUGGCCAAGAACGGGUGCGUGGGCGGCCUGCGGGGCUCGCUCAGGGGCGGCGGGCGGACGCGGUCCUCGGCCAUCCCGCGCACCCUCAGCCUGGAGUCGCCGAAGCGCCUGCGGUUCGCCAUGUCGGAGGAGCUGACGGCGCGCGUUGCGGACGUGGAGCCGCGGGCGGGGGGCGACUCCCCGCCGGCGCCCGCCUCGCCCGCCGCCUCCGACGACUGCGCGGUGCGGCGCAUCAGCCACGAGAAGAAGCGCAACUCGUGCCCGUGCAUCAAGGAGCACCGCUCGGCGCCGCGGCCCGGGUCCCCGCGCUCCCCCAGGGGCCCCCCCGGCGACCACAGCCCCCUCCUGGGCCACCCCGAGGCCGCCAUGUCGCCGCUGUCGUCGCCGGGCGUGUCGGCGGACGAGGAGGUGCUCAACGCCAGCCGCAGGACGUCGGUGAGCGAGGUGGUGUCGCGGCCGUCCAGCCUGGUCGAGGCAUCGGACGAGCACGCGCCGCCCGCGCCCGGAGAGCCGCCGCCUCCGCUCUCGCUGCCGCUGCCCGCCGCGCUCAGCCUCGAGCACAGACCCUCCGCCUCGCCCCUGCGCGACGCAGGCACCGCCGCGGCCUCGCCCUCCACGCCCGGGGGCAGCAAACCUUCCAGCAGCGCCAGUGGUGGCCCCUCCGACAGAGCCUCCAGCGCGGGGGGCGCCGUCCGCUGGCGCCCGCAGAGCAUAGUGCCGCUCAGCCUCCGCAGCGGCGGGGAGAGCGAGGCCCUGCUGCCGGGCGGCGGCGUCGAGGGGCGCAACCCCCGGCUGCGCUACUGCAGCAAGCAGGACGCCGGCAGCAGCGAGUGCGAGGAGUCGUCGCCGCUGCUCGCCAGCGUCGUCAACUACCGCGUCAUCAACGAGACCAAGCAGCGCCUUAGUCACGCUCUUAGUGUCGUGAUGACUGUCAGUGUCUGUAACAGACGGCUCUGCUGUUCGCGUUUAUUCGAAUGUAUUUGCUUAACUGGCAAUAUAAACACCGGUGUGCUCCUCGGCACGUCACCAGCAGGAGAGCUGUCACUGUAUUCUCGCGCGGCGGUCGCCCUCGGUGCCCCGCGCGCCGCGGACGCUCGCUCGCGCUCUGUUUCUUCAAUGUGCUGUGAAAUCUCAAGGACUGACUGCGUCCCAAGCGCAGGGACUUGGGCUCCUCACUGGGCACGGACGGAGCUGCUCACAGUGGUGUCUGAAUAA